GCGGUAAGUGAGAUAACUGGCAAAGGCAAGCACGGUCACACUGCACAGUUCUCACAUGCAUUUUCCCGAAAUUUGUUAAAAUUGUUAACAACCGGUAAAACAACUGCUCGAAACUAGAUAAAAUUCACCGCUAUCGCCUGCAGCUAAUCAAUCGAAAUGGACAAAAACAGCGCAGCAUUGUACAAAAAGAUGCAGACCGAGGUUGAGUCAUACCAAAACCUGCAAAAAUCCUGCGUCAAGAUGGUCAAGCAGCGGGCUCUCCUGGAAAGCCAGCUGAACGAAAACAAAUGCGUGCUGGACGAACUGAACCUGCUGGGACCAGACAACAAGGUGUACAAGCUUUUCGGCCCGGUUUUGGUAAAGCAGGAGCUGGAGGACUCUCGCCAGAACGUUGGCAAGCGCAUCGAAUACAUCUCCAAGGAACUGAAGAGCUCCAGCGACACGCUGGAGAACAUGGAGAAGGACAUGCUGAAACACCGCGAGGCGGUGGCAAAGUACCAGCAGCAGUGGCAGGUGGCAGCAGCUAUGAAGUAAACGGCUGGACACGCACAAAAUUAACUUAUUACUUAUUCUUGGAUAGCUGCAUGGCAUUUAAUAAAUCACUUGGCGCGACCUUUCCAUCUUGAAAUCAAUAAAAUGAGAAAAAAUA